AUGGCGCAAACCACAAAACCCAAAGCCAAGAAGCCCUCGCGCACGGCCCGCCUCGCGAAGAUAAGAGCGCGGGCGGACGAGAUCGGCCGCGCGAUACGAAUCCGGAAAUCGCGGAUAGCGGCCGGAGGCGGCGGCGCGUUCACCACCGUACCGAUCAAGCGGGGCGAGUGCGUCGGGUUUUAUCUAGGCGCCGCCGGCAAGCGGUCGGAGAAUCGCGACUACAUCGUCGAGGGCGACGGCGGGCCGAGCCGCGACGCCUACGACGAGGCCGGCCGCCUCGUCGUCGACGGGCGCAAAGUCAACUGCCACGACUGGACCGCGGACGAUUGGACGAAACUCAAGAAGGAGGCGACGUGGGCCGGCGUCGAGUCGUCCUGGACGCGGUUGACUGUGUGGAACUCAACAGCAUUUGUCGGCGAUGACGCUCGAUUUCCACACAGGCGGUUCAUCAACCACGCCUCGGCCGCCCACCAGAACGUCGCGCUCUGCACGGACUCGGGCCACCGCUUCGGCCGGUCGCACGCGUUCUACGCGAAGGCCGACAUUCCUGCCCAUUCCGAGCUCUACUUCUCCUACGGCGCGGGGUACUGGUCCGCGAGAGGAAUCGUGCCCGAGGACCCCGCUCAAGAAUAAAAAGGCACUCGGUUUACGACGCGGAGAGGGGCGGGGGGGGCCUUCGGGAAAACUACUACUCGUCGCCGCCGCCGGGCAGGCCGGCGGCGACGGU